AUGUCUUCCUCGGCAGGUGGUUCAGAUCUCUUUCAAAGCUAUGAGCAGGAUUUUCAAACUGUGACCGAUAGCAUCCGUCAAAAGAUUGACCAACAAAUUUCCACUCAGUCGGGAGAGCAACGCAAGGCAACUGUACGGGCUGCCGAACGCGAAAUUGACGAAGUCGAUGAAAUUCUUGGCCAAAUGGAAAUGGAGAUUUUGAAUAUCCCAACUCCUUCACGCACUCGUCUCCAAGCAAAGCUUCGGUUGUUCAAGUCUGAAGCAGAGAAAAUGAAACGCGACUUGCGACGAGCAAGUGCAAUAGCGCCAAAUCGUGCCUCAGAACGUGAUGAAUUAUUGGGCGAUUAUGCUAACAGCAGUCAGAGCGAUCUGGAUGCAUCAACCAUGGAUCAGCGCCAGCGUUUGUUGAGCGGGACUGAACGUUUGGGAGAAUCGAGCCGACGGUUAGAGGAUAGCCAUCGAUUGGCACUGGAAACAGAGGGCAUAGGUAUCAACAUCCUGAGCACUUUGAAGGGCCAGCGUGAGACGAUGCUGCGUGCUAGAGAUACGCUGUCUGAGGCGGAUUCAUACAUUGAUAAGGCAUCGAAAACGCUCAAAGGCAUGGCACGUCGCAUGGCCACGAACAAAAUGAUUACGGCCGCAAUCAUCCUGAUUUUGAUUGCACUGAUCGUGCUUGUUAUUUGGACGAAACUGUUUUGA